GAAAAAAGAGAACGGAGCGCAGGCGCGAGGAUGUCUUGACGACGGAAACGAAGCAGCGAGGGAGAGGGCGAGAGGCGAAGCGAGCUUACAAAUACCACGCCCCCAACGCCCUCCCCUCCCGCCUCAGAUCCCAAACCCUAACCCUAGCCGGCCGCCGGCGGCCAACGCGAUCGGGUGCCGACCGACGCGGUGGGUGCGUGCUUCUCUACGUGAGGUGGAGGGGAGCCCCAUACCCUAGUUGUAGCGCCGUGCGGCCGAGUUGCAGAUCGGGGAGGGGAGCUCGGCGAGCGAGAUGCCCGGGGACCUCGCGACCUCGCCGGUGCCGCCGUCCGCGUCCUCGUCGCAGCACCACCACAACGGCGCCACCUCCGCCCGCGGCCUUUUGUGCCACGCCGUCGCGGGCGCCUCCGCCGGUGUGGUGGCGGCGACAUUCGUGUGCCCGCUAGAUGUCAUCAAGACGAGGUUCCAAGUGCACGGCUGGCCCAAGCUCGCCACAGGCACAAUAGGAGGUAGUGUAAUUAUUGGGAGCUUACAACAGAUUGCUCAACGGGAAGGUUUUCGGGGAAUGUAUCGCGGCCUUUCUCCGACUGUUCUGGCACUCUUGCCUAACUGGGCAGUCUACUUUACUGUGUAUGAGCAGCUUAAAAGCUUGCUUUCUCCUGAUGAUGGAAGUCAUCAACUCUCUUUAGGGGCAAAUGUUAUUGCUGCUUCAGGUGCUGGAGCUGCAACUAGUAUUGCAACAAAUCCACUUUGGGUUGUCAAGACAAGAUUUCAGACCCAAGGAAUAAGAGCUGGGGUAAUUCCAUACAAAGGGACACUUGCUGCCUUGAGAAGAAUAGCACAUGAGGAAGGCAUCCGUGGACUAUACAGUGGUCUCGUCCCUGCCUUGGCUGGUAUCAGUCAUGUUGCCAUUCAGUUCCCUGCAUACGAGAAGAUCAAAGCUUACCUGGCUGAGCGAGAUAAUACUACUGUUGAAGCAUUGAGUCUUGGUGAUGUUGCUGUUGCAUCGUCUCUGGCAAAAGUAGCUGCAUCAACGUUGACGUAUCCUCAUGAGGUUGUUCGUUCAAGGCUACAAGACCAGGGAGCACACUCGGAGAUGAGAUACAAAGGUGUUAUAGACUGCAUCAGAAAGCUUUAUCACAGAGAGGGUGUGGCUGGCUUCUACCGAGGAUGCGCCACAAAUCUCUUGCGUACAACCCCCGCUGCAGUAAUAACUUUCACUAGUUUUGAGAUGAUCCACAGGUUCCUUCUUGAUCUGUUCCCUCCUGAACCCGAACCGCACAUCCAGCCGCUGAAACAUUGACCAUACAACUCCUGUACCCAAUCCAUGUUUCCAGUGGAGAUUAGGGACCCGGUAACCAUCCAGCAAUGCCGUUUACCAAGUCAGACGACCAGACGACUCUUGUAAAAGAGAGAUUUUUUCUUCGGAUAUGCAAUUGGUAGCUGCCACCUAAAGGUCUAAAGCAUAGUGUAGGCAGGUAUUAGCCUUUGUGUAUGUAAUAGAUUCGGUAGCAUGCAUUUUGGAAGGUAUAUGUGGUAAUAUAUGGUAAUGGUGGGUGCGUUGUCCGAUGUCGAUGAUGAUGAAAAGAAAAGAAUUUUAUGUGGUUGAAUCAAUAAUUGCUAUAUUCUUUGUCAA